AUGGCUUCUCCAUCUGCCAUUUCAAUUCUGGACGCAAUUGCCACUUCGCGGAAGGCAUUCGAGAACAACGAGGCCGGCGCAAGAGAAGCUCUGAUCGACCAAAGUCGCGCGCUGAUCUCGGCUCUGGAAAUCCCCAGCGAGUUCGUUCAGCGCACUUUCUGGGCAGAGCCAGCUCAAAGCGCUAUCAUCCGUCUCGCCGUCGACGUCAAGCUCUUCCAAUGCCUCCAGGAAGCGGGCGAUGCGGGCCUCACCCCAUCGGCUUUAUCCGAGAAGGUCGGGGUAGAUAAUGCCCUCCUGCAACGACUAGUUAGACAUCUGGUGGCGAUGAAUGUCGUCUCAUUUCAGGACGGAUUAUUCCGCGCCACAAAACUGAGCAACGGCCUCGCAGCAGAAAACUACCAACACAGCAUCAGCAUCUGUUAUGAUGCGACGCGUCCCUCCUUCAACGGAUUCCCGGAGUAUUUCAAGAAGAUCGGGUAUAAGUCCCCCACGCUAGGCGGAACAGAUGGUCCCUGGCAAGCGGCGCAUAACACCGAGCUUCGGUUCUUUGACUGGCUGGUCGCCACGCCCCCGCACCUGCAGCAUUUCGACUCUUUCAUGACCGCAUACCGUGCUGGUAAACCGGACUGGCAUGAAUUCUACCCCGUUGCUGAGCGAUUGACUGCGGGCUUCGAUGCCUCGGUCAGUGAUGUUCUUCUUGUCGAUGUUGGUGGCGGCAAGGGUCACGAUGUGGCUACCUUUGCUGCGCAGCAUGGUCCGGUCACUGGCAGGAUCGUGCUUCAGGAUCGUGAGCCUGUGAUUGCGAACGUUGUGGCUAGUAGCGAGGAGAGAGCUUUCGAGGUGCAGGCGCAUGACUUCUUUACCACGCAGCCGGUCAAGGGUGCGCGUGCGUACUUCCUUCAUUCUAUUCUUCACGAUUGGAGUGAUGAGGAUGGUCUCAAGAUUGUGCAGAAUCUUGUGCCUGCUUUGAAGAAGGGAUAUUCAAGGGUUUUGUUCAAUGAGAUUGUGGUCAAUGAGGAGAAACCGACGCUUGCAGCGACCAAUAUGGAUAUGAUGAUGUUGGCCCACUUUGCAGUGAGAGAAAGAACGGAGGCUGAUUGGAGGAACAUUCUUGCUCAGGCUGGGUUGAAGGUGGUUAAUAUCUAUAAUUAUCCUGGCGUUGCAGAGAGCGUCAUCGAAGCAGAACUGGCCUGA